CCGGCUGGGCGGGGGGGUUUCCAUAGCGGCGGCGAGUAGGUGUCACACACCGGGGCGCUUCCUGGUUGGAGGCCGCUGCGGCCGGCCGCGGCACUGCACUGGGAAGCGCGGCGGGGAGGGAGCCCCGGCAGGAGCAGGAGGCCGAGACAAGGACAUGUAUACCUCUGAGAAAUCUUUUCCAAGAAGAUACCUUGGUUCUAUACCUGCCUUGAGCCAUAGGCAAAGAAGUUUCCAGUCAUGAAUUCAGAUGCUGAGCAGGAUGCUGCUAUCAAACUUGCCCAGGAACGAGCCGAAAUAGUUGCCAAGUAUGACAAAGGACGAGACGGUGCCCAGAUUGAACCUUGGGAAGAUGCAGACUACCUUCUUUACAAAGUCACAGACAGAUUUGGCUUUCUACAUUCGGAGGAGCUUCCUUUUCAUGAUGCAGUAAUAGAAAGGCAAAAGCAUCUUGAAAUUGAAAGAACUACAAAAUGGCUAAAAAUGCUGAAAAGCUGGGAAAAAUACAAGAACAGUGAAAAGUUCCAUAGGAGAAUUUAUAAAGGAAUUCCACUGCAGCUGAGAGGUGAAGUCUGGUGUUUACUACUCGAUGUCCCUAAAAUGAAAGAAGAAAUGAAAGACUUUUAUAAUAAAUUAAAACAUCGAGCACGAGGUUCUUCACCUGAUAUCAGGCAAAUCGAUCUUGAUGUAAAUCGAACAUAUAGGGAUCAUAUCAUGUUUAGAGACAGAUAUGGUGUUAAGCAACAAUCCUUAUUCCAUGUUUUAGCUGCAUAUUCAAUAUAUAAUACGGAAGUUGGAUAUUGUCAGGGAAUGAGCCAGAUCACAGCUUUACUCCUCAUGUAUAUGAAUGAAGAAGAUGCCUUCUGGGCCCUGGUGAAACUACUCUCAGGUCCCAAACAUGCUAUGCACGGCUUUUUUGUUCCUGGUUUUCCAAAACUGUUGCGGUUUCAAGAACAUCAUGAGAAAAUACUGAAGAAGUUUUUGUCUAAACUUAAGCAACACUUGGAUUCCCAGGAGAUCUCCACUAGCUUUUACACAAUGAAGUGGUUUUUUCAGUGUUUCCUUGAUCGUACACCCUUUACAUUAACUCUCAGGAUAUGGGAUAUCUACAUACUUGAAGGAGAACGCAUUCUCACUGCUAUGUCUUACACAAUUCUGAAACUACAUAGAAAACAUCUGCUUAAAUUGCAAAUGGAAGAACUUGUGGAAUUUCUUCAGGAGACUCUAGCCAAGGAUUUCUACUUUGAAGAUGACUUUGUAAUAGAGCAGCUCCAAAAUUCUAUGUCUGAACUGAAACGAGCAAAGUUGGAUCUACCAGCAGCUGGUAAAGAUGAUGAAUUUCCAAAGCAGCCAUUGGGACAAAUUCCAUUGGAACCUCAGCCUGCCAUGAUUAAUCUUACUCAUAUGCUCAAUGGACAGAGCAAUACUAGCAUAUCAAGAACACAGACAGCAAGAAGGACAGAAAGGAGACAGCCUCCUGAAAGAAUACAAGAAAAUUCACCAGAUAACCAAACAAGAAUUAAUUCAUUGGAAAAGAAACCUUCUUUGAAACAACAAAAGCCUGGACCAGCCGAGAGGAGUGGGCUAUCUAAGAAUGACUCAGAUAUCAGAAAAAAAUCUCAGUCAGCAGUGCAAGACUAUUCUAGACACUAUAACAAUGGAGCUGCUAACCAAAAUUCUAAUGCUUCUUCAAAUACAAGAAGGGAAUUUGUACCUAAAUGGAAUAAACCUUCAGAUAGCAAAGUUUUUGAAAAGACUACAAAACGUAUUGUGGAGGUAAAAGGUGGGCCAGUAAACCAUGCUAUUUCAGUCACUCCACCAAGUCCUGGUGAAUCACAGCCAUUGAAUGUAAAGCAAAAGAUGAGGGUUUUGGAAGUUGAUGAAGGUAAGCGAGGCUCUAACGCAUCACAGUAUGAUAAUGUUCCAGGUGUUGACCAUGAGAAUGAGAAUCCUAUUGAUGAAAUGCUGGAAAGAGCUCACGCACAAAGUCCCAGGAAUGUAACAUACUCUAGUAGUCCUAGAAAACAAGUUGCAAAAAUUCCUGGCCCACCAAAAAUAUCCAACAAUUAUGUGGUCAGUUCCCAGCCAAGAAGCCCAAGGUAUUCAUCUCAGUCUGAUGGGUCAGAUCAUGGAUCAAAUGUUAAACAACCACCACCAUCUUACAGUAACCCACCUAUUUACCAUGGAAACACUCCAAAACAUGUCUCCAGCUUCAUUAGUGCGAAUUUUAUACCUUCACAGUAUAAUCAUGGGAAUCGAACCAACAGUUCUGGCAGACCAUAUGGUUCUGUUUUUCCAACAGAUUUUUCUCCAGAUAAACUGCAUAUGAACUCUUACCCUACUAAUCGCCCAAAUCCUUUUUCUUCACCCUCUAGUCGAAUAGAAGUUUUACCUGCUGAUGCCUACCCUGGCAAUUCUAGAUCACCCACAGGUGUCAAAUUUAUAAUUCCUCCAGUGGAUUAUUUGCCAGAUAACAGAAAGAGGCCGGACGCUGCGUAUAUGUAUAGACAUGACAUAUAUGGGCAGCCACGGAAUCAAGAUACUAACCAAAGCCACUUGGGUAACUUACAGAAGUACCCAGCCUUUCAGCCAACAUCUAUUCAGGAUCAUAAUCUUCCAACUGUUUCUGUGGAUAGUCCAAUAAGAUACAGGACUUCACCAACCUUGGAAGAACAUGGUUUACCACAAUAUCAAUAUUCAUCACCCCCUACCCAGCUCUACAGAAACCAAAAUGAUGGGUUGUCUAUGCAUGAAUCAGUGCUUCUGUGAGACUCAAUCAAUGCUAACUGAAAAGGCAAGAACUUUGAAAACAAUAGAAUAUAUAUUGUUGUGUUUAUAAUUGUCCAAGCCAGUAUUUUAGACAGAAUGUGGGCAGUUCAUGCAAUUCGCUGAUAAAAUAAUAAUAUUAUUUCAAAACAGUUUUAAAAUUUGGCUGAAAGUUGAGCUUUUUAACUUGCAUUGGACCUGUUGAAAGGGAUCUGAUACAGAUAAACAUAGCAAUAGCAAUAGACUCAUCUGCAAAUGUAUCUAACACUACCAUGUUUCUGAAGUUUAAAUGAUUUGCACAGAGCUAUGAGCUUUCUGCCUAGCAACUAUAAUACAUUUGCAAACUGCAUUUUGACUGACAUUACAGUGCAUUAAGUGUGCUUGUGCAAAUACACAAACAUGUACAUGGAGAAUAACUAAAGAGUCUAAAAUGUAGAUGCAUUUACUCUUGGGCUGCAUUAAUGAAGUACUUUUAUUUCUCUUGAAUUGUUUUCUUUUUAAUUUAUUUGAUAAAUGACCCAUUCAUUUUGGAUGGCCUUUCCUGUCUUUCUAUAUAAACUGCCUCAGUAACCCAGGAUCUGAUUGGACUUGGAGAGAUGCUCUGGGUUAUUAAUGUAAUCUUAUGGUAUGCUAAUUCCCAAUUAAUCUUCAUUCCUUUGGCUGCUAUCUUGCCUAUCCCUCAGCUAGGAGGAACAGGCAAGCAAAACCAUGGAGCCAAAAGAGAGUCUGGUCUGUCCGACAAAUGGUGCUUAAAAUCAGGGCAGUCUGAGUAUAGCAAGUCUUUAGUGUAUGGGUGAACUUUCAGCACAGAAUCUGUAUCCUUGCACCCAAAUCCAGUGUUAACGCAAUGCUUUGUGUUCCCAUUUAAGUCUUCUGAACCAUUUGAGCAUAAUGUAUGCAUUGCUAGAAGCAGAAAUGGUGCUGCAUUCUCACACUAAGCAGCUUUACCAUGGGGUCUCACUUAGCAAACCAGUCCUAGUGUGAGCUACGGGAUUGCCAAACAGUCUUCUUCCUGAUACAAGAGUAUUGCCAGUCACUUGAAAUUUGGGGAGAGAAUAUGGGGGUUGUGUAGCUAUUUUGACCCAGUGUAUCCUAGGGUCAACAACUCUCUAAGAUUGUCCUGAAGUCUCCAGGAAUGACAGAUUAAUCUUUAAUUAAAGAUUGUCAUGUGAUGAAACCUCCAGGAAUAAAUCCAACCAAAACUGAGAGCCCUAUAAUGGGCAUGCAUUCAGUGCUGCUUCCCAUGAGCUCAAUAAUGUCAGUUCAAUUACAUGUUUUGCUUUUGCCCUCCUUUUUCCAGAAAGCAAUAGGUGCAUGGUCAGGGUUGGGCAAAUGCUGUUGCACUGUCACGCCAUUGUGAGAUUGUAUGAUUUGUUACGCUAAAGCCACCCUGACUGUUAAUAAGAAGCUUAAUAGGCUCUUUGUAAUUAAAUAUAUUUUUCAAAAUUUGUGUUGGCAGCCUUUUGUAUUCUACAUUCUCCUUUGCUUUCAUCCACUGUGAAAAGAAAAAAAAUUGCAGGUUAAGUGGCGUACUUGGUGUGCAGUCUUGUGAGAUGCUGAAUGUAGGAAUUGCUAAGCACUCUGAACUCUCUUUGAAGUUAAUGAGAGCUGAGGGUCAGAGGCCUCUUGCAAGACUGAGUCCUUAGAGUUUUUAACAGAAAAGAUUUAUAAUACUUAAAUACCAAAACACUGGUCAGUUCUGAGACACGUAAAAACUUCCUUUGUUUGCGGAGGUUUUUGUCAUUUGCAUUUUGUUUUGAGAGGUGCUUUAGCAGAAUACAUUGAACACUAGAAAACAUAACUUUAUGAGCUGUAGUGCCUAUUCUUGCUGCAGGUUAGCUGUCUAGGUUUUAAGGUACAGAAGUAAAAUGUUUUUUUUAAAAUGGAAGUAAUGUUUAGUAUAUUUCACGUGCUUCUUUUGUGUAUAUAGUGAGCGUUGUAAUUUUUAAUGAACUGUGCAGUUUGAUAUUUUAAAGAUUGAAAACUGCGGUGAAGUAACAGUAGCUAAGCACUACACUGAAAAACUUCUAAACUGAAAUCGUGAUGAUGAAUGAGGCUUACCUUAGUUCUGAUUGCUUGCAGCCGCUUAGCAAUGUAUGUAUAUAAUAAUGUGGUUAAGUGUAAUAAUCCCAAAGUUUUAACCAUGGUUCUGUGAUUCAUAAAAAAUAAAGCUGUAUAAAUUACUUUGUGCUAGCAGCCUGGGACUGCUCCAAAAUAUGUAUCAACACUAGUAAAUACUGUAGAUUUUUAUAUAUAAAAUAUAUACACACUAUUUUCUUAUGCCAUCUACAACAGUUUUUUAACUGUGUAUUCUAUUUUGAUGUGAUUGCAUUUUUAACAUGUUAAAAAUAAUAAUAAUAAUAACAAGGUCUACGUUGUUGUGUCUUUUUUACCAUGUGUAUGCUUGUAGAGAAAGCCAUACUUCUGGUCUUCCCAGG